ACUCUUCUCUCGUCGACUCCUCAGUCCUCACUCCUCCUCUUCCAAGCGCGGCUAGGUCUCUGUUUUCGCUUGAGCGCAACCAGCCAUGGCUUCCCACCCGUCGCCACCGCCGGCACACCCCAUACCACCCGCUCCCACCACCAUAAGUGACCUCGACGACGACCUGCUCCGAGAGAUCUUCCUCCGCCUCCCGAACUUCCCCAGCCUCGCCUCUGCCGCCCUCACCUGCUGCGGCUUCCUCGGCGUCGUCCGUUCGUCCCGCGCCUUCCGCCGCCGCUUCCGCGCGCUCCACGCACCCCCGCUCCUCCCUCGCUUCCUCGCAUACACAAUAAUGGCCUUCCCCACCUCACGACGGCCCUUCGCCGGAUUCACCCACCUCCUAGACGACGACGAUUCUGACUGGCGGGUCGAUUUCUCCAAUCCUUCGGCCUACAAUGGCGGCUGCAUGGCCAUCAAACACCCGAGCAUCAAGCAGGGAGUUUGGUACAACCCCCAAACGAUGGCUCUGUUUCUCCGCCCCAAGGAGCACCAUGACAUGCCCGACGGCACCUCCCUUGGGUUCCACACAUUCUGCUCCGAAGAGGAUCAGAGGCCGUCCCGUGUGGUAUGUGUCCGUCAAGACUACUCAUGGGAUAGGCUACGCAUCGCUGUCUUCUCAUCGGACACCAUGGAGUGGCAGAUUUUCCCGGAGAUUGCGACGCUGCUGCCUCAGGGCUUCAGGCGCACAGCCUGCACCGUGCUAGAUGGGUUUAUCUGUUGGCAAACCGAGUCCAUGAUGGGGGUGUAUGUCAGCGAGUACGUUUUCGUGCUCAAAACAGAUACAUUUCAGUUCUCUCGAAUGGAUCUGCCGCCGCCCUUGAGAGUGGUACACCAAAAAUUUAAGAUUGGUCAGACCACUGAUGGAAAGCUCUGUAUCGUAGAUGAGAAGGAAUGCACACUUUCUGUUUGGAUCUUGACAGCGGACGAUGAUGGCGUUGACAGAUUUGUGCUGCACAAGAUGUUCCCGUUGCACUCUAGCUUUAUGGAGGUCACCAGCUGCUCAGUGGAAGAUACAAUCUCAGUGCGGCUUAUGACGGUUUUCAAUGGUUUUGUGUACUUUGCACUUCGCUCAUGGAAGAAUUAUGUGGAUCAGUUCAAAUCCCCGGAGUGGUUCCUGUCCUUGUCUCUGGAAACAGCGGAGCUGAAGCAGCAUCUGAAGAAUAGAAAGCGACCUAGCUUCCACGUCCAUCCCUACUCGGCCUGGCCUCCUUCUAUGGAAUACAUCUCGGAGGAUUCAAAAUCUGAGGUUACUGGAAAAGGUGUUGAUUAUGUCGGUCUUGAGAGUACAGAAAAGGAUUCAUCUGUCCUUAUAAAAGCAUUACGAUCAUAUAAAGAAGCUUUGAUUAAGGAUGGUGACGCAAAUGUUGCAGAGAUAGAGGCCUUCUCACUUUGUAUUGACGCUGAGGAUGAGAAGAACUCUCUUGUGAGGAAAAUCAUUGGUUUAGAUGAACUGCUAAUAACUGUGAGAGAUCGUGUCUUGAGGGCAAGUGCAGACUCUGAAUUCGCAGACUGUCAAUUCUACAGACAGAAGAUCGAGAUCAAAACAGAGAGCUGGUGGCAAAUGUGCAAGGGGAAGUUAUGGAGAGCUUUCUGCGCUAGCUGAAUAAGCCUAUCUAUUAGGAGUGAGUGAGUUAUUGUUGCGCUGGUACUUCAGGUUUUAGGUUCUGUGAUGAUGUUAUGUGCUAGGUUUCUGAAUAAACACUGAUGGCUGCGACCAUCAUUAGUAUUUGGCAUGACUGGUUGGCAGGAGACUUUUUUUUUAGAAGUGCAUUUAUGUACGUUUGCUUUUGUCAGCUUAUUUUUCCUUUUUGUUUUAGAAGUGCAUCUAUGUGCGAGCGAGUUUGACGAUCAUAUUAAGUAAGGCGUGUGGCCAUUCUCUGUUGUAAUAUGGUAGCUUCCUUGGCUUUUCCUUUC